AUGUUACAAGAAGAUAGAACAUUACCAUUUAAUUCUUUAAUGCAAAAAGCAGAAGAAGUAAAGCAUAUUUUACCAUGUGCUAAUCAAAUUUGUCGUUUAGCAUUGACUUCUCUUGUAACAGUCGCAUCAAACGAAAGAUCUUUUAGUAAACUAAAAUUGAUUAAAACACAUCUUAGGUCAACAAUUUCUGAUGAGAGAUUAAACUCUUUAAUUGUAUUGGGAGUAGAAAAAGAUAUUGUUGACCUAUUGGAUAUAAAUAAAAUAGCACAUCAAUGGUCAAUUUUAAAAACCGACGUAUAUAAAUUUAGUGUUAAGUUUAUUAUAAUAUUUAUUUGUUGA